CUUACAGCAAGCUCAGCAAGGACGACCCGCUCAGGCAGCACUACGAGGCCCUCUGGCCAGAGCUCGCCGCAGCCAAGCCACCAGCAGAACAACCAGUCGUUGGGUUCAAGGCAGUGGAGGCAGCUGCUCGACGCUUGGACAAACUCCAGAAGAAAGUACGAUCGGCAGGGGAGCAAGUGGAGAGUGCCCAGCAGUACUUGGCUGAGAGUGAACGCAAGCUUCGUGAAGCUAUGGAAGCCUCUAUUGCAGCCGAAGAUGAGUUCGACAAGCUCAAGGCCACAGUCGGCAAACAAGAGGCACCAGCUGAACCUGCAGCCGAGAAGCCAACUCUGGCAGCCCUCCUGGAGCAGUUCGAGCAUGAGCCUGACGACUUCCACAAGUGGUCCGAGCCCGACAAGGAGGUCUGGCGAGCAGCAAAGGCCAAGGGCGAGCGCACGGCCCAGACGGUCAAGGAGCACGAGGAGGAGACGGCGAAGCACCUGCGACUUCUGGAGGAAGGGACGGCCAUGCACCAGGAGCAGCUGCGCCAGCUCGAGCAGGUGCCACCGCGCGCGCUGAGGCAGCAGGGUCAGCCGCCGCGGCUGCGCCCAACGGCGCCGCAGCAGCUGCCCAACCAGAAGCAGGCGCAGCAGAACAUGACAAAGCUGAAGAACGCCGAGCCAGAGUGGAGGCCCACAUCCAGGAGGCGCGAGAGAAGGUCUCGCAGGCUAGGCGCGCUGAGACAGUCGUCGACGCAGAAGGGCAAGGUGACCACUCAGCAGGGUAGCCGCCCCAAGGCGAGCGCGAAGAAGGCUCGCCGCCCUUACCGCAUCGACUUCUUCAAUGUCACGACCUGGGGCCCCCAGGCACAGGGCUACCUCAUGGAGAUCAACGGUACCAAGGACAGGGGCAUCAUUGGCAUCGCGGAGCACCACCUCCGCCAGCCUGCGCAGAUAAGCAAGGCAAGAGCGGCGCUCAGGAGGAAUGGCGUGCACAGCUACUGGACCAAGGCGCGGCCAGGAGAAGGAGAAGGCACUCGAGGAGGCACGUGUGCCAUCACGCGAGGAUCCUUGGACAUCCAGGGCAGGAUCGCGGGUUUCGACGAGCACUACCUGCACGAGGACGGCAGCGACGUCGCGGUGGUGAUCUCCAACCUGCACAAGGUCCGUUUCGCAGUGGCUUUCGUCUACCUCGAGUGUGGGACGGGCUUUGGAGAGAGGAACGUCGACAUCCUCUGCGACCUGCUUCAGGAAAUGGCCGUCUGGGGAGGGCCAUGGGCAGCGCUUGGGGACUUCAACGUGACGCCGUCGGAGUUCAACGACAGCACUUGGUCCAGGGUGCUGAAUGCUCGAGUAGCUGCGGCGGAGGAUGGCGCCCCCACAUGUUUCCCAGCAGGAGGUGAAGCCAGGUGCAUCGACUUCGCGCUUAUCUCGCAGGGCCUGGCGCCGUAUUUUUACCAGCUAGAGCUGCUCAGGGCCGUGCCGUGGAAGCCGCGCAUCGGCAUCCGCUUGAAGUUGAAGGGGCGGCCUCUCAUGCUGAAGGGCAGGGUACUUCGCAGGCCAGCAGCCAUCAAGCCACCAGUCACAGUCGAGAGAAUGCCGAAGUCCAGAGCCGCUUGCAGACGAGCGGCGCGCGGAGGCCAGGAGGCCAUGCGCCGACGUCAGCAAGCGUUGGCAGAGGCAGGAUGCGACCUGGACGAGAACGACAUGGAGCCAGUACCGCAGCUGUACUACGACAAGGAGGUCCAGCACGUCAUCCCUGACGAGCUGUGGCAGGCCACCUCCGAGCGGGUCAGCUUGCGUGCCUGCGACGAGUUGCCCCAGCACUUGCAGCACGCUGUCGUCGGCAAGAUGAUGGAGCGGGACAUGCUGGACCUGGGGCAACAGUACGACCGCUUCGCAAGCACCCUCGAGCUCAGCCUGUGCGAGAGCAUCGGCAUCCCAGAGGAAGAGCGAGGACGACAUCUCGGGCACAGCAGGCCCCCGAGCUACAAGAGCGUGAGCAUCAAGGACGCGUCCUGGACCUCCGAGACGGGUACAGCUUUCCAAGAGAUGAGGGCGAGGCGGCCUGGCCCAGAGAAAGAGGUAGGACGCAACACCAUGGACAUCCAAGAUCACGACCCCUUCGAGGAUGAGGAGGACUACUUGGAGUACCGCCAGGAGAUCGCAGACCAGGAGAACAGCGAGGGGUACCACCAGCACAUCGAGGGGCAGCAGGCCAGCCUCGAGUUCAGCCAGACCGUUCGCCGUCGUGCAGCUGGACCUGCUUUUCCCCCACCAGCAGGACGCAGCACCAUGGACGUCCAAGACCACGACCCCUUCGAGGAGGAUGAGGACUGCUUGCAGUACCACCAGGAGACCGCAGAUCAAGAGGACUGCGACGGGCACCACCAGCUCAUCGAGGGGCAGCAGGACAGCAUCGGCUACGGCCAGACCGUUCGCCCAGAGGCAGAGGAGCAACGAGAUAUGGGCCUGCCCCCACCAGACCUCUGGAAUGAUGACCAGCACCAGCGGGAGCGGGAAGACUACGUGGCCAUGAGAGACGACCUGGAGUACUGGGCGGCCAUCUGGAUGGAUAACUUGGUGCAGCUCCCCACGGACAACAGCAACUGGAUGCAGAUCUGUGUGCCGUUCCUGGAGACCAUCUUGGGUGGCGGAGGCAACAAUGGCACGGUGAGACUGCUCAGGCGUAGGUACCAGCAGGCCGGCCUCAGCCACAUCAUCAAGGUCCGCACCCACAGUGGCCACCAGACGCAGCAGCAUAUCAACACAAGACGGCAGCUCGCGCAGCAGCUCAACCAGCCUGACCCAGGCAGGCUGAACGAAGAAGGUGCAGCAAAGGACCAGCAGCAGGCCCUCCUCACAGACCUGCACGCGAUAGCAGAGGGCGCCCUCGUGGACCCAGGGACAAUCAGCAGGGUAGCAGAGGAAGUAAAGAGCAUGGCCAAGCUACUCACAAAGGCGGUGAAGAAGGCGUACAUCCACUGGGUGCACGACGCCACGGCAGGCAGUGCGAAGAUGGCCCACGCCUACACCAAGGCAGCGGAGCGCAGCCACCUGGAGGACAUCCUUGAGCACGAGGGCCAGGUCAUCAACCACCCGCAGCAGCUGGUGGACUUGCGCAAAGAAGCAUGGCAACGCAGGUGGACACGAGAUGCACAGAAGGCCGAGAGGAUCCAAGAGGCGCUGGCCAAGCUGAGGCAGGCUGCCUUGGCCCAAGAGAAUGCCCUCGAGCCCAUCAGCAAGGACAUCAUAGGCUCCAUCAUCCAGCACCUGAAGCGCAAUGCUGGCCAAGGAGCGGACUGGUGGAGGGCUCCAGAGCUCAAGGCCAUGGGCGCCCAGGGGCUGGAAGACUUCGUGCAGUGCCUGACCAGCUGUGAGCAACGGGCAGCGUGGCCGUGGCAAUUCUACUUGGUGCUGGAGCUGCUGCUGGGCAAGAAGCCAGGAAUCGGCGGUGAGCGCCCCAUCGGCCUCAUGCCCAUGCCGUACCGCAUCUGGAGCGCAGCCAGGAGGCCCAUAGUAGCCACCUGGAGCAAGGCAGCGGCGGGCUUCUGGGAUACGGCAGUAGCUGGCUCCUCAGCGCUACGAGUGGCAAUGCACAGACUGAUGAGGGCAGAAGCCGCCACGGAGAUGGGCUUUCAUGCAGCAGGAGUGUUCUACGACGCGGCAAAUUUCUACGACAACAUAGGCCUCGACCAGCUGAUCGAGCAGGCCAGCGUCCUCCAGUACCAGUUGCUGCCGCUGGCAAUGGCCGUGCAGAUGUACCUUGCGCCCAGGGCCAUCAUGGCCCACAGCCUCUUCUCGGACAUCUUCGAGCCUGCCAACAGCAUGGUAGCUGGCUGUGGCCAAGCGGUAGACCUCACCAGACCGCUUUUGUAUGGCAUCCUGGAUGCAGCGCACAGGCACCACAUCUUCGUCGUCAUGCAGCAGUACCUGGACGACUUGGCCCUGCAGGUAGAGGGUGCGCGGCGGCAGGUCAUUGACCAGAUCAAGCACGUGGCAGCGCUGGUGCACGAUGGAUUCAAGCAGCUCUCGAUACCCAUCUCUGUCAAGACGGCAGUGGUGGCCUCGGACAAGGACUUCCAGGCAGAAGUCGCCAGCAUCCUGGACAGCCUGGGCCCCCAAACAAGCGACCAGGCCAAGGCCAUGCAGAGGGUGGCCAGGCUCAAGGACCUAGCGAAGACGGACGCCAGAGGCGCGGCAAAGGUCUAUUCAGCAGGUGCCUACUGCCAGCAGGCCUGGGACUUACCAGCGCACGGCAUCACGCCCACGGAGGCGAAGUCGGUCAGGGCUACGGAGGCAGCGCUCCUCACAGGCGGACACAAGGCUGGACGCUGCACGUCCACCAUCCUCCUGAUCCAGAGGGGGAUGCAAGAGGCAGUAACCCGAGCCAUCGUCGACCAGAUCAAGCAGUUCUGGCUCACCAUAGUCGACCACCCGACGGAGCUCAAUAGGUGCCAGAGAGGCUGGCUCCUGCUCUACGCCAAGCUUGGUGACGAGUGGGCCUACAAACCAGAUGACAUUCCUCACUUCGGCGCGCUCCUGCAUGAAGUCCAGCAGAGCGCGCGGCAGCAGCUCUGGCAGCAGGCAGCUGGCCAUCGCAGUGGAGAAGGACUUCAGGCUGGAGGCGACCCCUAUCAGCUGCAGCGCCACCUGAGGAGGAGGAGGCGCAAAGGACAGCAUGCAGAGGCAGCCAUGCUGGAGACCAUAGCGGUGGCGGGCAUCUGGACCAGGGAGCGCCGCAGGGCGGCCAACUUCAACCAAGAAGGCGACGACACCUGCGCGAGAUGCGGCGAGGCGAUAGAGACAGAGGAACACCGCUACUACGCAUGCCCUGCCAACGCAGAGAUAGGGCACAGCAGUGACACCGACCUGGCGAAGAAGGCGAAGGACGCGCUGGACCAGCGGCAAGACCUGCACUUCUGGCUCCGAGGCAUCCCGCCAGCGGCCUGGGCAGCCAAGGUUGACCCAGACGAGGACGCGGCGAAGGCGGCGCAGAUCUUCUGCACCAGCGAAGAGGCUCAGGCGGCAGCCCAGUCAGGACACAAGGUUCGAGCAGACUAUGUCUUCACGGACGGCUCAGGUGGUGCAGGGGAAACGGCCAAGGACCCCCGCCUCAGACGCUGCGGCUGGGCAGUGGUGGCCUUCAGGUACGACGAACAAGGACGUCCGCAGGAAGUGGCUGCCUGGUACGGCACGAUCAGGGCACCGCACACGGUGCCGCGGGCAGAGCUCACCGCCAUGAGCAAAGCCAUCGGGUACACCACGGCGGCGACAGCCAGGGGGCUCAACAUAGUCAGCGAUUGCACAUACGCCCUGGACGCACUCAAGCAGAUCCAGGAUCCUGAGGAUCUGGACUACAGGAGCACGAACUACGACCUCUGGCUCCAGACGAAGCAGCAGCUGCAGAACAGCACGGACACCAUCAUGGGCCACCACAUCCCAAGCCACCUGAUUGAGCACCCAGCUGAGCUGGAGAGGUGGAAUGGUCCCACCUGGUGGGUCAUAGGAAACGAGAUGGCAGACAAGUACGCAGGCUGGGGAGCGGAGCAUGGAGCACUGGAUCCAGCCAUCAUCGCGCAGCAGCAGAUCAGGGACCAUAUCACCAUGGCGGUGCAAAACCGGCUGCUGGCCAUCAACAUGGCGGUGACGGUGGAGGACCCCAACAAGGCCCCUCAGCGUCCCAAGGCCAAGCGCCGAAAGCCGCAGACGGCGAGGGACAGGGCAGCCCAGCUGGGACACGACUUGCGCAAGCUACAUCCGCGAUGGUGGUGUGCAACGUGUCGCAGUGGCCCAGCCAAAGGACAAAGCAUCAGAGACUGGUUGGCAGAGACGGGAGAAUGCCUCGGGAAGUACGGCGGCCACCAGGACCAGCACGGCAACGUCAGGCUCGACUUCAAGGCGGUGCAGAUCGGCACGCAGGUGGUGCACGUCUCCCACAAGACGCAGUUCACCCAUGGCUGGCUCUGGUGCGAGAAAUGUGGCGGCACCAGCUACCUUGGGGACCACAAGAGCAGGAUCGUGGCAGGAGUGGCAAGGAAGCUGGCAAGGCCAUGUCAGCCCCCAACAGCAGCAGGGCGGCGGGUCUUGGAGGACAUGCAGAGGGGCAAGCUGCCAAGAGGAGCUAAGCCAGCAGCAGACCCAGCUGAUGAGGGUAUCGACGAGAUCACCAUGCCUGGAGAUUUCAAGCUCGGCCUGAGUAACCACGAGGCGAUCGACCUGGACGGGGGCAGCUCAGAGGCAGGGGACCCGCAGCCAGCUCCACAGCAGCCACCCAGCCAUCCGCACUCUGUCGUCCACGCCAGCUGGAGGCUCGUGGACCACAUGGAGGGCUACGCGGAGCAGUGGAUGAACAUGGUCGACCAAGAGGUCUGGGACGACAUGGACGACUGGAUGGAGCAUUGCGUACCGUACUUCCUGGCCAUCACCAAUGUGGGUGGCGGAAUAGACACGCAAGAACAGACCAGGGCCGUCACCGUGCAGGAGCUCCAGCAGAUCAAGGACUUCUGCGAAGAAGUCUGGCGCAACACGCACCGCACGCGACGGAGGCUCAUGACCAGGAUGCUUACCCUCCCGUAUGGUACAAGGCAGCAGGCAGCAAUAAUGCACAUGGACGCUUUCCAGCACAGAAGGAACAACAUCCUAGCGCACAGCAUCCCCAGCAGCGAGCGCAGGCCGCUGCCGAGAACAGCGGAGGCCAGCCGAGAGUGGUCACCAGAGAACCUGGACGAUGAUGACUCGACCCCAGACAGUGAAGCCCCAGAGCUGGAGGGUGAGCCGAGCAGCCAGGAGAUGGAUACCAUGGCGGGACCUGAUCAGAGGCACGACGCCAACAGCCUGUUGCAGACGGCUGUGCAGGUGGCAGUAACGCUGAGCAAGCCAGUGGGGCCCGACCUGAUGAAGUUCGUGAGCGAAGCCGACGAGGCCGGCCUGCUCCACCCAAGGCUUCGACACAACAAAGGAGAAACUGACCAGGACCCCGGGCAGGAGGUGGCGUGGCUCGAGAGGAACAGGCUCGAGCAGCUCAUGCAGUCGCUGGCAGGCUGCUGGAGCCAGAAAGAAGGCGAACAGGGCUGGCCAUCGUGGCAGGCUGCGUGCGUGCCCCAUGUGCUGAGGGCGCUGCAGACUGGCGUCUACCAGAGGCUGUUCAGCAACGUGUCAGGGCCGAGCCGCCAGCGCAGCCAGCGCCGAGCGGCGGAGGAGAUCUGCCGCCUGGCAUGGCUCAACAGCGGAGAGGCGCGCAGGCAGAUCCAGCAGCAGGACCCGAAGGAGGCAGAGCGGCGCAGAGCAACGGCUGAGCAGUUCCUGGGCGUGACUGAGCCAGUGGUGAGGAGCCGCA